ACAUUCUUCUUUUUCCCUCUUGUCCAACAUGGGGUUUUAUUCUCGCGAUAAUCUUCAACGAGACGUUCCUCCGAAUUAGCCUUGCGGCAGAAGCUGGCACAUGUCAAGUGCCAGAAACGCAAAGGCAAAUGUGCCUCCAAGCUCAAACCCAGCUCAGCACAAGCCAUCCUAUACCAUCCAGCCCCAGUACAAAUACUCCAUUCACGAUGUGCAUCCGCUUCCCGAUUCUUCCGCCAUGCGCCGUGCUACGAUCCAAUCCAUGGGCUCACCCGACGCUAUACAAAGAGCGACAUAUACAUCGCCAAGUCAGCCGCCCAUCAACCUCCUACAAUCAACCACGUCGACAUUGCACAGACUUCACCAAAGCACCGGCACAGAAACCAAACAGGAAAUAUCAUCUCAAGCGUCGUCGUCAUGUUAUACAAUGCAUCCUACACUACAUACGAUUUCCUGGCGUCCUCCAGCAGGCCCGCCCUCCAUGCCUCGCAUCCUCCUCAAGUAUCAAAGCAUCAAGCAAAAUAGCAACAAGAAAAAAUGCGAAUGAUGCAGCGCGAUUCCAGCAAAAAAAAGCUUCCGCAAACCCUGUCGUUACCGGCCCAAACUCCCCAGCGCCUCUUUUGUCCACCCAAAACGUCCAUGGCCCUCGGACUGAUUCAUCCGCGCCUUGCCCUGGCUCCUGUACCCCGGCCGCUCGCUGCUAAAAAGCAGACAACUCGAAAUAUUACUUGGCCAAGAAAAAAAAACACACGCCGCUCUCUCUAGCUUGCUACGCUCGGUGUAGACCUCAGCCGGUACCCAAACCAAAUCAUUACCGGCGC